AUCAUGCAAUGCGCCCAGCCCAAGCUAUCGCGCAUGCGUGCCGAGCUCCGCCUGGCCAAGCAUCGCGCAUAUCGAGGAAGGGUCUUCGUUAGAAACAGUGUGUAAUAACGUUUAUUUUUUCUUCCUGCGUUUUGACAAGAAGUCGAUACCAUGUCAGGAGACGAGAUGAUAUUUGAUCCCACUAUGACUAAGAAGAAGAAGAAAAAGAAGAAGCCUUUCAUGCUGGAGGAAGAUGGUGGAGAGGGAGAUGAAGGUCCACAGCUAGAUUUGAAAGAGACAGAGGCUGACGUGGCGGAGGAGAAAGAGUUAGAUCUUGAUGAAGAUGAGGGGAGGAAGAAAGAAACAUCAGAUGAUCUGGAUGACUUAAACUUCUUUAACCAGAAGAAAAAGAAAAAGAAGUCGAAAAAAGAGAAGAUUUUUGAUGCCGAGCUUGAAGAAGGAAUGAAGGAGCUAAAGAUCGAAGCGGAGCCAUCAGAGACACAAGAGGAGGAUGACUUAAUGCUGCCCACGAGGAAGAAGAAAACAAGAAAAGUCAAAGAUUUUCAAGAGGACACAGACAGUCAAAGCAAAGAUGAUAGUGUCGAAGAUGAAGACAGUAAAAACAUCGAAGACAUAACAUUCAGCUCACAGACUGGCCCUGCCUGGGCAGGAUCGGAGAGAGAUUACACAUAUGAUGAGCUUUUGAAUAGAGUCUUUAACAUCAUGCGGGAAAAAAAUCCAGACAUGGUCGCAGGAGAGAAGAGAAAGUUUGUGAUGAAGCCUCCUCAGGUUGUCAGGGUCGGCACAAAGAAGACCUCCUUCGUAAACUUCACAGACAUCUGCAAACUUUUGCAUCGACAACCAAAACAUCUCUUGGCUUUUUUGCUGGCCGAGUUGGGCACAUGCGGGUCCAUAGAUGGAAACAAUCAGCUCGUCAUCAAAGGCAGAUUCCAGCAGAAACAGAUCGAGAAUGUCUUAAGAAGAUACAUCAAGGAGUAUGUGACGUGCCACACGUGUCGGUCUCCUGACACAAUCUUGCAGAAGGACACACGUCUGUAUUUCCUGCAGUGUGAGACGUGUCACUCCCGCUGCUCCGUCGCCAGCAUCAAGACCGGAUUCCAGGCCGUGACGGGCAAGAGAGCACAGCUGCGUGCCAAAGCCAACUAACGCCUGUCCCUCGCCCAUCACACACCAAACUCAACAAAUCCACUCAUCUGUUCAAGAAGUCUGAAUUUAGAACUUGAGUUCUCGGUCAUCUCAAAUGCAUCAUUUAAUUUCAGCUCCUCAGAGCUCUGAAAUCAGCUAUGCACAUGAAGCGAGUGCAGAUUUGUUCGGUCUGGCUGUGGAGCAGAGAGAGCGCAGAGCCUGGAGGAUUUUAUCAAUGAACUGGUGGUGAAAUUUAUUGUUGCUGUGUAUUACCUUUUGAAAAACAACUGAAAUAAAUUGCAUACCAGCUGGGCAAACACAUGCAGUGUAUGUCUCUGGAAAGACAUUGCUUUACAUUUAGAGUUUUAAUGUGAUCGAGAAAUGAGUGUUAAUUGGUCUGAAAUGUACUGUAUGAUUAUGAAUGAUUGUGAACAGACGCUAAUAUUUCCACUUCUUAUGUUUUUCUGUGUUUAGAAAAAAAAAGAAAAGAAUGUUGAUUGAAUAUCUUUUUUUAAGAAAAAUGCUGUAUCCAGUUUAUACUUUUCCCAUUCUUGAAACUAAUUGGUUUGCUCAUUUUCUAGAUUUUUUUUUUUAAUCGAGAAAAAUGAUCUUGUCUCAUAAAGUGUGGAUUAAAAAUGAAAUGAAAUGAAAUGGAAUUGUUGCAAAUUUAGUGAUAAUUAUUUGCUCCAUAUUAUACAAAUAUUUGGGAAAAAGUAAUUUAAAGGCUUUCAAAUCACUUUGUCAUCCAAAACAAGUGGAAUUGUUUUGAAUUAUCUUUGUGCUUCAUAAACCGCUAUUUGAAAAAAAAAAAAAAAAGUAAUUUCAAGCCCCUUUUCUUUUUUUUAA